AUGACAUCUAAAUCCAAAUUUCUCGUACUUAAUCCCUCUUCCGGGAACUUGGAUAACGUACUUGAAAAAGCCAACCUUCAAAACACGAGAAAUGGGCCAUUUGAAGCAGUGCUUUUGUUAGGUGAUGUAAUCCCUGCUAACCUACAGGUACCCCAAACAAAACUUGAUGCACCAGCAUAUUUCUCCAAAGGUAAACAUGACAUUGGUUUUGCUUACGAAGAAGAUGAGGCGACGAAUCUUGUUGAUUUGGAUAAAAAUUUAACGUAUAUGAAACGCCCAUUGACAAUAUAUAAGCUUGCAACUGGAAUUACUAUUGCAUUUAUGUCAGCUGAAGCAGAAAAGGAGCCGGUUUCUACUGAGGUUAAAGAGCAAUUACAGCACACUUCUCCAGUGGACAUUCUAAUAACAUAUUCCUGGCCCUACGUCAUUGCAAGAGAGGAGAAAUUGUCUACUGUUGGUAAUAGAUUUGUUGAUCAGGUGACUGAACGACUCCAACCCCGUUAUCAGUUUGCAGUAGGAAAUGAAAGGGGGAAAUUUUUUGAGUUCAAGCCGUUUAAAUGGGAUAAUACCGACAGAAUAACCAGAUUUAUAAGUUUGGGUCAAGAAGGAAGUGGAGAUAAAUGGUUUUAUGCAUUUGGAUUAGACAUUAAGACAAUUAAUGUUGAUGUUAAUUUGGGAGUAAACCCAUUUGCAAAAGCAGUUGAACCACCGAAAAGAAGUAUUGAAACAGUGGAAGAACCAGAUCAAGAAGUUCAAACUAUUAAGAAACCGAGAAUUGUAAAUCCAGAUCAGUGUUUCUUCUGUUUAUCGAAUCCAAAAGUUGAGACCCAUAUGAUUAUCUCUAUUGGUACUAAUGCGUACUUAACUGUGGCCAAAGGUCCACUUACCAGACCUUCGAAAAACUUGAAAUUCUCCGGACAUGCAAUCAUAAUUCCUAUCGAGCAUAUUCCAACAAUACGUAAAACGUCUACCAAUGUUAUUGAAUCUGCUGUAUAUCAGGAAAUUGAACAAUAUAAGAAAAGUUUAGUUCGGGCAUUUUUAGAACAGAAACCACAGUUUAGGUUGGUAUUCUUUGAGAUCAAUAGAUUAGAUAAUAUUCAUCAACAUAUUCAAGUUCUACCAAUACCUAGUGAACUUGUUGAUACCCAAUUUCCUAAAGCAUUAGAAGAAAAAGCUCGAAUAAAUAACGAAGAGUUUAAUAAGAAUCAUAAAUUGAAUUUCUUGAGAUUUGAUAAUGAUAGUGAUGACGAAUUCAAGAGAAUCAUUACAAGUUCUGAUUACAUUUCAUUUACAAUAUAUACCGGAGAAAAUGAAAAAAUACAUUGGAUAUCGGAAAUCAACGAAGCCAAACCUGUUGAUUUACAAUUCCCAAGAAGAGUUCUUGCAUUCACUUUAAAAUGUCCUAAGCGGUUAUACUGGGAUAAAUGUCAACAACCAAAAUUUAAAGAAACCACCGAUUGUGAAGAGUUUAAAUUUUUUUACAAAAAUUAUGAUUUUACGGCAUAA